CCGGGCGGUCCGGGCAAGCCUCCUUCGGGCCGAGACAAGGCGAGGCUGCCAGCCUCCCCUCCCACGCCGGCCGCCUCCGCACGGGCUCGCGUGCAAGUCAGCAUGGCCUGUCCCGGUCCCCAACCCUAACGGCGUGCCGGUGUACAAACUGAGAGAGCUGUUUCCCCCGACCGACUUCCACCCACGCCCCCGGGACAAUCACUCCUCCUGCCUUGUCCGCUAGAAGCCGGCCCACCCCGGCUUCUCCGGACCCCGCCUCUGAACCACGCCCCCUAGCAGCUCGUUGCUCAAGAUCCCCGUACAAAAUGGCGGCUGGGCCUGGAGAACCAACCAUAGAGACGCCCACCUUCCGCGGAGAGCGCGCCGACCUCUUAAGGACGCCCGCGCCUCCCUGAGAGGCGUGCCGACGUCGUCUUCCGGCGGAGACGAAACAGCGGGCGCCGCCAAGGGCCCUUCUAGGAGAACAGCGAGCAGUCUCAGUGGUGCCGGGUCGUCCGAGCCGUGUCACGUGGCUGGCGAAAGCAGUCGCGGAGGCUGGGGGGAGGAGAAAUGGGCGGGAGGACUGGGGGAUAGCUUGAGACCCGACGACGACGGGGUUGUCAUGGAGCCGCGGGGCCGGGCUCGCGCAUGCGCCACUCUACUCGCGGGUCGUCCGGUCGCGGAGCGGCGUCCCCGAUCCUAGGGGAUUUGAGGAAGUUCUCUAAUCUUAUCUCCUCUUUGAAAGAGGAGAGUGGAGUUUGCCAUACCAGGUUCCAAACAGAGGACAUUGUAUGUUCAGGAUCUUUGACAUGAAUUUGCAGCCAAGCUGGAGCAUGGAAAUGGAUGUGAAGGGGAAGAUGAAUAUUAGAGAUUUAGUAUCCUUACAGCUGGCAUCCCUUGGCGAUUCAGAGGGCCUUGUUAAAAUAUCUUGAAGGGCUCGUUGCUCCCAUACUUUGCACUGUUAGCCUAGAUCUGGAUCUACUUUGGACUAGCUGUGUGUCACUGGAUCAAAUCUAGGCUUCUUUCCAGGAAGUGGGCGACCAGGGCAGUCCAGAUGAAAAGAGUACUGAUGAAUGCACUUCCAGCCCAGUAAAACAUGGAGAGGAAGAACCCAUCCAGAGAGGGCUCUAGAAGGCUCUCAGCCAAACUAAGCAAAGGCCCAGAGAUGAAAAAAGUGUCUCGUCAACUCUGCAUGGCAGCUGCUGAAUCAGAUAAGGACUCUGGAUUUUCAGAUGGGAGCUCUGAAUGCCUGAGCUCGGCAGAGCAGAUGGAGUCUGAGGACAUGCUGAGCGCCUUAGGCUGGAGCCGAGAAGACAGGCCAAGGCCGAGCGCCAAGCCUGCGAGCGGUGCCUUCCCAACACUGGCCCCCAUGGUUGUCAUGAAGAACGUGCUGGUCAAGCAGGGCGGCAGCUCGCCGCAGCUCCAGUCCUGGUCUGUGCAGCCCUCCUUUGAAGUGAUCUCAGCACAGCCCCAGCUCUUAUUCCUUCAUCCACCCGUACCGUCUCCUGUCAGCCCGUGUCACCCUGCUGAGAAAAAGUCGGACUCCAGGAACUACUUGCCCAUUCUCAACUCUUACACCAAAAUAGCCCCACACCCAGGCAAAAGGGGCCUUUCCCUCAGCCCAGAAGAAAGAGGAGAAGGUGGAAUGCAGAAGAAGAUCUGUACCGAGAGACUUGGGCCAAGCCUGUCUUCUAGUGAGCCGACCAAGACUGGUGCCGGCCCAUCCGGGCCCCCGACUCCAGCGCCCGCCAGCACCAAGCUUGCCGAGGACUCAGCUCUUCAGGGUGUGCCCUGCCUGGUGGCAGGUGGAAGUCCACAGACGCUUCAGCCAGUGUCCAGCAGCCAUGUGGCUAAAGCUCCCAGCCUGACCUUUGCUUCCCCCGCCAGCCCUGUCUGUGCGGCAGACAGUACCCUGCAUGGGAUGGAGAGCAACUCCCCGCUGUCCCCGCUGUCAGCUAGUUACAGCUCCCCUCUGUGGGCUGCAGAGCACCUCUGCCGCAGUCCAGAUAGCUUUUCAGAGCAGCGGCAGAGCAAGCACAGGCGCUUUCAGAAUACCCUAGUAGUCCUACACAAAUCUGGUUUGCUGGAGAUCACUUUGAAAACCAAGGAGUUGAUUCGUCAGAACCAGGCAACUCAGGUGGAACUAGACCAGCUAAAGGAGCAGACCCGGCUAUUUAUCGAGGCCGCCAAGAGCAGGGCUCCUCAGGCUUGGGCCAAGCUGCAGGCGUCUUUGACAUCAGGGUCAGGUCAUACUGGCAGUGACCUAGAAGCAUUCUCCGAUCAGCCAGACAUAUAACAUAGAAGGCAUAUUUUCCUGUUACUUGAGUGGUUCUUUUUAACUCUUUUACCGUUAUCUACUCCUGUUUCCCAAAGCUUAUGUAAGAGCUUUCCUUUUAAACUUAAACUGUUCAGCGGUUCACUUACGAAGCCACGUGCCAAUACCUGGCUGCUGUCUUAACCUGUGGUCUGUGCACAGUUUACCUUUGUCUCCGUUCCACUGAGGACCUCAGAUUUGGGUGUCCACGAGUCCCUCUUCCUUAGCCUGCAGGCACUUCGAUGGAUCACGGGACAAAGCGGGAAAGAUGCUUGUGGGGGGCCCUUCUAGCUGUCACUUCCCACCAUCCCACUCACCGCAAUCAGGGAUGCAGUGACGCAGACAAGCAUACAGAGUGACACCUGCCAAGCCAGGGAGUCGGUGACAUAAGGAGCCCUUCGUGGAUCUUCCCUUGAAGGUCUCAGUCACAGAGGAAAAUACAAGAGGAGGGUGUUUGCAUUCCACGAGGCAUUGUGCCAUUUGGGGGAAACCUAAAAUGCUUUCAGAUGCUUUGGGCACACAUUGGUCCUCGGAUGCAAGCACUUAAUCACUUAAAGCUUUGUUUCUUUAAACUCGAAAGUCAAGGGGAAAGGGUAGUACCAUUAACUCGUACACUUUAAUCAUAAGCCAGAUUUCUGUUAAACUGGUAGGUGAAAUAUUUCAGAUUUGUAAAGUAUGGAAUGGAUUUAGGACCAUCUGGAGCUACAGUUGAUGAACUGCUUUUUUGACUCAGAGUCUAAAGAAAGGAGAAAUGGCUAGCAUCUCUUGGUUGAGAGCUGGAAGAUUCUGAUAAUUUAUGCUUUUUACUCUCUCUCUCUUCUUUUGAAACAAUGCAAAAGAAGAUUUUCUUAUAUGUGAAAAUCCUAAAAGAGACCUUCAUGGUUCCCGAUUGUGUAAUGCAAGUCAGCCCUCUGCUACCAUCUUUUUUCCCCCUUUUUUUUUUACAAAAGAGGAAAGAAAUGAUUAUUAAGCUUGAUAAACUUUGAAUUAAAAUCAUCAUAAGGUUAUGACAUUAAGUCCACAAAAAAUUGGGAAACGUUCUUAUCCAUUUUCUUUCCACAUCCAGAGUUUUCAUUUGUCUCAUGUCACAGUGAUGUGGAGCAGAGUCUUCUGUGUUUCUUUCGUGCAUUGGAUUUGGCUGCAAAGCCAAAGGUGUAGUGGGUUAUGUGAAGUCCAUCUAGAAAUGGAGAGUGUUAUGAGAACUUGCAGAUGACGCACACUCUUUCAGCCUCACUGUAAACUAGAUUUCUAAGUAGUAAAGUUGCCAGCUUUUUAUCCUCCCAUUUAAAAAUUUCAUCCUCUUGAAAAUCUUUGUACCAGUUACUUUAGUAAGAAAUUCUGUAUGACCAACUUCAUCUUUUCUGCAAGGAAAAUGUUCUUGAAGUUCUACCAAGGCCAGAAGCUAAUGCUCAUGUUUGCUAGGUAGUUGUAACUUUUAACAUAGUUUUAAAAUUACAAGGCUUCGGAUUGCCUGCAUUUUGUUCUCAAACGUGUACAAUUCAGAUAUGACCAAUUUAGAAGUAAACAACUCAGUAAAAUCUUUAGACUCUCCUGGUAAAUGCAGAAUUAUUAGCUGCCAUUUGCUUUCUGAAAGAUUUCAAACAUCAGAGCAAAUGUGUCUUUAAGCAGCCUCUGCUCCUUUUAAUGUUUUUCUCUUGGCCCACACCCUUUGCCUCUCCUGAGUCUGUGCGGUGCUGCUGGAGCUCUGUUCUGCAUGCCAUGCUAGGAAGCUUCCUUUUUGGCAGCGUAUGUUUGGCAGCAAAGCUCUAGAAACAGGUGCCUUCAGAACAGCCUGGGCACCAGUCAUGAGUCUUACUGAGUCAAAAAUCUGAACACACUUGCUGAGAACCAAAUUUAUUCCUUCAGAAAAACCCUCUGUGGAGCCGUAUGCGUCUUGGACUCUUCUUCCUAGAUUAAGGUUUGCAUUCCCUCCUGUCAGGUAAAAGACGAUGAAAGCCGUCAUUGAUCCUCACUGCUGAGUGACAGGGAGAAGCAGCACCCCACCCCCCCCCCCCGGCCCCCGCCCCCGGCUCUUCUCUGAUGCUGUAACUCAGUGUGGAAGUCUCUCUGGGCUCUUAGCCUGGGUGCUCUUUACCUAGUGUAGCAGUAAGCAGAUGAAGCCACUUAGAGAAGCUGGUCGUGGAAGGAGAGACCCACUGAGGCUAGCAGACAUGUGGAGCCAGAAGCCAGAUCGGCAAAGGGAGGAACCUCGGAGUUGAAGGAUCUCCGUUGGUUUCACAAGGCUGUAAGUAGUAAUGGUUUUAGUGAUGCGUGAUUUGAUCUGGUAUGAAGUUCUGUGGCAAAGCUGCUGUUUUCUAAAAGCCAUUCUUAGCUCAAACCAACCCUUAAGAGAAGUUUUGGCAGGUUGUGUUGGCGGUAUUGAAACAUCUAGAAAAAGCUGCUGAUUGAAUUGGUUAUGGGAAUGGAGUUUGGUGACAUUUGUAAUUUAUUACACUCAUUGCUUUUUAUCGAUUGUGGUAUUGUCUGACUUUACUAUGAUUCCUUCAGCAGAAAAGUAACUCUCGUGCAUAUAUUGAAGUGUUUUUCCAGCUAUGAAUUCUUUAGGGUAGAGAUUUAUUUACCAAAUGUGAAUUCUUUUGAGGAAGUAUGAAGUUUUGUAGAAAUUGACUGUGAAAUGUCAGAGGAAAAUAAAAGUCACUUACUUGAAAA